GGUUCGAAAAUAGCGGUCGACAAAGUUCGAAACAACGCUAAAUGACAAUGUGGCGCCAGUGACAGAGUGGAGUUUGCGCAACACCGUUUCGAGUGCAGCGCUAACCACUCCGCGAAUAUUCCGCCCGAAAGAUUGCCAAAAAUAUGCAAAAAUAUGAGAAACUCGAGAAAAUAGGAGAAGGUACUUAUGGAACCGUUUUCAAAGCCAAGAACCGAGAGACUCACGAAAUCGUCGCUCUGAAAAGAGUUCGAUUAGACGACGACGACGAAGGUGUACCAUCGUCCGCGCUUAGAGAGAUUUGUCUACUAAAAGAAUUGAAACAUAAAAAUAUAGUGAGACUGUAUGACGUAUUACACAGUGAUAAAAAAUUGACUUUAGUCUUUGAGCAUUGCGAUCAAGAUUUGAAAAAAUAUUUUGACAGUCUGAACGGAGAGAUUGAUUUGGAUGUUGUUAAAUCUUUUCUGUAUCAAUUGUUGCGUGGAUUGGCAUUUUGUCAUAGCAGAAAUGUAUUGCACAGGGACCUUAAGCCACAAAAUUUGCUCAUCAAUAAGAACGGAGAGCUGAAAUUAGCUGACUUUGGACUAGCGAGAGCCUUUGGUAUUCCAGUGAGAUGCUAUUCCGCGGAAGUGGUAACGCUGUGGUACCGUCCACCAGACGUUCUCUUUGGAGCGAAACUGUACACGACGUCCAUUGACAUGUGGAGUGCCGGUUGUAUAUUUGCUGAACUGGCAAACGCCGGUAGACCGUUGUUUCCUGGUUCGGACGUGGACGAUCAACUGAAGAGAAUAUUCAAGAUGCUAGGCACGCCGACCGAGGAGACUUGGCCGGAUUUUACCACUCUCCCCGACUACAAGCCCUUUCCAUUGUAUCCUCCUGCUCAAGGAUUGGCUCAAGUUACGCCGAAACUUAAUUCGAGAGGCAGAGACUUGUUACAGAGGUUGCUGGUGUGCAAUCCGGCGUUACGGUUGUCGGCGGACGAGGCAAUGGCCCAUUCCUAUUUCAACGAUUUGAACCCUGCCAUGAAAAACGAUCGUUGUCAGUAGUGAAUUUGAAUGGUUUAGCCCAAAGAGAAUCGCAUACCGUGCACAGCACAGCGACCAAAAUCACUCCGGCAAGGAUCGUUUGUUAAUAAUAUAAUACAAAAUUAUAUAUGUAUACAAGGUGUUUCCGAUGUGGUGGCACAGCAGGAAAGGAGGUGAAUUUGCACAAGAAAAUAAGUUGAAAAAUUGUUACAUCUUCCAUUUAUUUUCUUAUACAGAUUCACCCCCUUUCCGGUAGUGCCACCACAUCGGAAACACCCUGUAUAUAUAAAUAUUACUAUUAUAAUUGUAUAUUUCGCAAUCGAUGCAUCAGUCGUGGUGCGAAAUAGAUCGACGACGAGUCCUGUUUUAUAAGAUUGUGCGAGAGGCAUCAAUAAAUUGUCAAUUUUAUCAGUGACAAGGAUUUUUUACCGAGGACGAAACAUGAUGCUUGAUGUAUUUGAUGAACGCAUUGUACAAAAGAUCACCAAAAAAAAACUGUUGAGUACACAUAUACAUACGUGAAACUCACGUAUCAUUCCGUGUACAUUUGUACGUUUAUUUGCUCACUUGUUCGUUUCCUCGUAGACGUUUCUGUAACGAUUAACUAAUCGAUUAAUUAAUCCAUUAGUAUUUAUUUAUUUAUUGUUUGUGAAAUAACUUACGAGUCGACCGAUUAAAUACAUUCACUAAAAGCUAA